ACAAUCAGGCACUUAAAAAAAAAAACAGGUACACAAAAGUCCCGCACGUUAAUUUAGUCCAGAUCGGGCGUAGCCCACAUCGUGGACAGCGCAAGGGUUGCAAAAUCCUGAAAAGAAAGCCAUGGGCAAAGCUGGCUCAUCGCCACCUCCGCAACAGGCGACAUUGAAUCCUCUCUCAUUCCAAGGUGCAUCAAAGUACACCUUAGGAGGCGCCCGGAGGAGGCCGGGGGACGAUGGGUGGAGAUGGUGGGGUGAAGCUCUGCGCACUCGCCCCCUUGCAUGCCUGCAUGGACAGAACGGAGGGGGAGAGGAGGGAAAGGGGGCGGUAUUUUUCCUUUCGGCUGUGGCGGCUGCCGCUGCAGUUUUUCUGGUCCGAGGCAAGAGCUGCCUGCCGCCCCCGAAACCUCCCACGCGCGGCAGCAGCUCGGAGCCGCCGCCGCUGUUCCAUUGUAAAUCCGGCGGCGUGGGAGGCAAUUCCGUGCCAGAGGCUCAGCGCCGAGGCGCGCAGAGAGAGGAGAGGAGGAAAAGGGGGGCAGGGGAACGGAGACGCUCCGAGGGACGGAAGCAGAAAGCCGUCCGGGUGGACAGGCUCCGUCCGACGCCCUGCGAUCCCUCUCGUGCGCGCUCUCCUCGCCAGGAAGGCGCCGUCGCCGCCACCACCAGCGAGGCGAAGGAGGCCUUGGGUCCAUGCCCCACGGUCACGCCCACCGGGCUCAGAAGGAAUCCAGCAACGCCGUGAGAUCGCAGCGAGGACCGAGCCGCAGGCUAUGGCCUUGUCCCUGCCUCGCACCCUGGGCGAACUCCAGCUGUAUCGUGUUCUGCAGAGAGCCAACCUCCUCUCCUACUAUGAGACCUUCAUCCAGCAGGGUGGUGACGAUGUGCAGCAGCUCUGCGAAGCAGGUGAAGAGGAGUUCCUGGAGAUCAUGGCCCUGGUUGGCAUGGCAACCAAGCCGCUCCAUGUCCGGCGUCUCCAGAAGGCCCUGCGGGAGUGGGCCACCAAUCCUGGGGUCUUUAAUCAGCCAGUACCUUCCAUUCCUGUAAGCAGCAUACCCCUCUUCAAGAUCUCCGAGUCAGGGGGGCGCAAGUCCCUGACCAAUGGGCACAUUAGCCCUGGAGAGGUCCUCGGGAAAGCCAUCGGUACCUCCCCUGCCAAGAGCCCCUCGGAUCCAAGGGAGAAGCUAUCCCCCUUGCCGGCAAUUCAGUGGGGUAAUCCGGAGUCAGAAGAGGAAGGGGGGGCAUCCUCACCCAGUGAGCAACCCCCAUCCACAGAGCAUCUGGAUCCGGAGCUGGUCCAGGCAGUGUCAGAUAGUGUGGAUCGUCUCCUGCGCACCUGCCCCCGUGGUGGUGGUGAUACAGAGCUGAGAACCCUCAUGAAGCUGAACAAGAAGCUGGCAAAAACAGUGGGACACAUUUUCCGGAUGGACAACGGAGACCCUCGCAAAGAGGAAGAGGUCCGGCGCCAUAGCGCUAUCUAUGGACGAGGCGAGGCCCGGCGAUGCGAGGGCAAGCAGCUCACGCUUCAUGAGCUCACCAUCAAUGAGGCUGCCGCACAGUUCUGCCUGCGGGACAAUUCCCUGCUGCUGCAAAGGGUGGAACUCUUCUCGCUCUCACGCCAGGUGGCCCGGGAGAGCAGCUACUUGUCUUCACUUAAGGGAUCCAGACUGCAUCCAGAUGAGACUGGUGCUGGGCAAGCCAAGCGGUUCAAGCGGGAGCAGGUUGCUGAGCACCCCCGUCCCGAACUUCCCUUGGUCUGUGAACCCUUCCUUCCUCAGUACCGGUCCAGCGUUGAGGAAGACACAGCCAGCUUGUCUGGGGAAAGCUUAGACGGACACCCACAGGCCACAGGGUCCUGCCCUCGCCUUACACCGCCCCCCAACGCUGCCCCUGACUCACUGCUGAGCCUCCCACCCCAUGGACUCUGGAGUCGCCAUAUCUUGCAGCAGACUCUGAUGGAUGAAGGGCUGAGGUUGGCCCGGCUGGUAUCACACGAGCGGGUAGGGCGGCUCAGCCCCUGCCUGCCAGGAAAGCCCCAAGGCCCAGAGUUUGGGGAAAACCUUUCUGAGCGGUGCCAGCCCCCACCAGCACAGCCUGAAACUAGAAGAAACAGCAUUAAGGUGGAACCAGAGACCAGCCGGCAAUGAGCGGCAGGUGACUUGUUGCUCCGUCACCAAGCAAUAAUGUGCCAACCAGCGCCGCACAUCAGAGAGACUCCUGCCGGAGAGAGGGGUGCAAUCCUUCACAUCACCACAAGGAGGUGUUCUUGGCUUCCUCGACAGAAGAAAUGCUACCAUAUUAGCACAACACAUCUUUAUUACUCAUUCCCAGUUCUCUUCACAAAAUGGAGAAACUGCCUUCCUCCCUUCCGCCUUGCAAUCACAAAGUGGGAACAUAUGGAUGAGGAAAGUGCAUCCUGUAAGAAGCCUGUCACCCUACUAACUCUGCAAGAGGAGGGCAUCCUGGCUGCAGGUGAUAGCCAUGAGCUCAGGGAGACCCAAUCUGUGGCUGGCUUUGCCCUGUGGGGGGCUACUGGAAGGUCAGAUUCACCUCACAGCCUUUCCCCUCACGUGGAGCCUGGAACUCGGGGGGUACAUAGCCAUAAAAAAAAAAUCACAUCAGUACACUUUAUACCCUGACCAGAAAGGCUGUUAGUUUCUCAGCCACAAACAUAGAUCUUCUUUCCAAAUGCUCCCCACACCCACAAUCAUGCAGUGACUCACAAACGCCUCCCAUAUGUGUACAUACAACACAUUCUCUCCACGCACCCCCCCUACACAUGCAAAAAUACCCCCCAACGAUACACAUUCCUUUCAUCAUCUGUGCAUCAGAUCUGUCGCUCUCUAUGGUAGAUCUCCUAUACAAAGCUGAAAGCAGCUCCAACGUUAUUCCCUCCCUUGGUCUUGACCUUCUGUGAGCGUUUAUAGUCACCAGUGGUACUGAUCACUGCUCAGUCUCACCCAUCUGGGAAUCCCGGGAGGCCCUUUGCUUACAUGGCUGCCCAAGGGAAUUCGAUCAGUUAAUCAAAAUGAAUUUAUUUAAUGACUGCCAUUAGUUGGUUGGGCAUGCUGGCGACACGUAUGCUUCCGUCCCCCAUUCCACCAGCAGAUUAUUCCCCCCCUAAUUCUAUCAACAUUCUAUAGAUGCAGGAAUGAGAACUGACUUAAAAAAGACAUGUUGCCUUCACUCCAUCUUUAUGUGAUCUGCAGAUGCCCCAAGAAGGGAGAGGAAAGACAAGUGGAUCUUCUCUUUGUUAAAUCCAGAAGGAACACCAUCCUCACUCCUUCACUAUAGCAGCUUCUUUCUCUCACCCCUCUUCCCUUUCCUGAGACAAUCCAGCUCAUGCUGUUGGGGGGGGGAGGAUAAUCUCAUACUUCUCGUCCCUGCUAUUCUAAUGCAGCAGGAAGAGGAGUCCAUAGCCGAGAGAGAAAUCAAGUAUCCUCAACACCAAGAUACAGCAGGGGCCCGCUUAUACGGCGGUUUAGGGACCAGGCCCCCGCCGUAAAGUGGAAAUCGCCGUAAAGCAGAACCCAUUGACUAUAAUGGGUUGUGUCGUGCAAAAAUGCUGCAAAAGCGCAAAAUCUUCUUUAAAACGGGGACUUUUCUCUAAUUGAAAGCCACCGCAUCAGCGGAACACCGGAAAGCGGGGCCCUGCUGCAUAGUGUAGUGCAGUACAGGCUGAUUCAGAAACAGUACUGCCUCUCCAGCCAUGUACACCAAGGGCACAUGAUGAUUUGAAUGCCCCUGUGUUGCUGUGUGGUUCUUCCAACUUGGAGCAGUCGCAUGCAGACAAGAAACGGGUGUGCAAUUGCAUUUUUAUACUGCUAUAAUCCGCCCUGGGACCUUAUGGCAAAGGGUGGGUAAGAAAUCAUGAUGAUGAUGAUAGCAAAAGGUAGCCAUAAACAGGCACAGACAGAAAGCCCAGGUGUAUGCAUUGAUAAUUCACUGGUGGAAUUCCCACCUUUUAGUUUAAGGUUCUCAGUUCGAUAGACAGUGGUUUAAUUUUCAGUUACUUGCUGGAAGUUCCAGUUGUACCUUACCACUGAGCGUCUUGGGAUCUUUGAGUGGGACACAGUACAGACAUUUCUAGAGCGUAACCACUUCCUGGCUACAGUGCCCUUUAAGAAGGCCAGGAACAGCACAAACAGAAUGAAAACAAUGGUUCUGCAGCGUCUAUCCUGCAUGUGGUGUGUAGGGGAAGCAUUUCCUCCUUCAGGAGAUUUCUUGAUUACAGCCCCUUCUCAAGUGAAUGAAGAGUAGAGCAGGUGCUGUAACCAAGAAAAGGGUGAGGGAAGGAGACCUAAGGUUCUGGAGCAGAGGAGGAAAUUGGGCUUUUUUUGGCUUAAUUACACUGCUUUUCAGGACAACCCACCUCCCAAGGCAGCUGAUAUCAAAACCACAAUACAUCAGAUGAUAUUCCCCUGGAGUACCUUGGGGAAAGGCAACAUUACAUUUUGUAGAGCAAGGGAAUAUGGCAUAACCCAGAAAGUGGGGACCCUGUUGCUCUCCAAACGUUGCUGGCCUACCAUUCCUACCAUCACUGGCCACUGGAUAUGCUGAUGGGAAUUGAAGUCCAGCAACAUCUGGAGGGCCACAGGUGCCCGAUAACCUGGCAUAACCACUGCUUGUCAGGAUGGAGAGAAAAAUGGAGGAGCAGCAACUCUUCAGCAAUGUGUCCUGGGGAGCAGUCCAAGAGCCAAUUUCUCCAGAGUAAAGUACUGUUAGAACACACAGAGGCAAAAUACAGAUUGUCCUGUUGAGGCAAACAUCAAUGCCCACCUGCUAUUGGUUCUGCCCCCUCCCCCAAUCUUCUCCCAUAGAGCCUUGGUGUCUUUAUAGAGAAAAUUAGGACCCUUUCCUUUGUAAUGUGUACAGUAGAUUAUUUAUUUUGUUAUUUUGGAAUAAAGUCUUUAUUUUAUGGCUUAGUUUAA